AUGCAGACUACUAAAGCAAGAAACAGUUCGUCUGGAGCACGUCAAAAGAUCUCUCCACGAUCAAUUAAUUCCUCCGACGUGCCUCAUAAGACCUCUCCUAGAGGUGUUUCCUUAGCGGCACCGCCAAAGAUUUCUUCUCGAAUUGUGCGCCAACUCAAGCCAGCUGCACAAGAUUCAAACUCCUCUAUAUCGUCUGUUAACCUAGCAAGUAGGACGCUGAAAGAGAGAAGUCCUAAAGUUGCCGACCGGAGGUCACUCGGAAGUCCAGUGUCUGAGAAGAAGCACCCUAGCAGGGUUGCGGAACUAGAACAUCAGAUUUCUCAGCUUGAGAAUGAUCUGACUAAUGUGAAGAAUAGAUUAUGCUCUUCAGAAGCGUCAAAGAAACAAGCCCAAAAAGAUAUAGAGGAAUCUACUCAGCAGCUCUUAGCCCUGUCGUCAAUGCUUGAAGAGUACCGAAAGAAAACUUUGGAGCAAUCGUCUUCUGAGGAUCGCUGUAAGGACACUGAAGAACAGGAUAAGACGUUGCAAUCUGAACUUGCAGAUAUCCAAGAGCAGCACUCGGUAAAUUCAGAUGCGUUAGCUUCUGCCUUAAAUGAAAUCAACCAACUCAAAUUCCAGCUUGAAACACUAGCUAAGUCUGAAGCUAUCCAGACCAAGUACUCAGAAUCGGUGCAAAGUGAGUUACAUUUACUGAGAGAAAAUCUGGGUGAAUCUCUUGCACUUGUGGAAGAUAUGAAAAACCAGCUAAGAGACUGCAAAGAAUCAGAAGCUCAGGCCCAAGCACUUGUCGGAGAAACUCUGAUGCAACUGGAGACGGCGAAACAGACAGUGGAGGUCCUCAAGUCAGAUGGGUUUAAAGCAAUGGAAGCAUAUGAUGCCAUAUCUUCCGAAUUAGACAAGUCAAAGGCUCGCGUUAACUUUUUGGAAGAACUUGUUAGAAAACUCAAGGCUGAUAGCAGUUGUGCUGGUGGCAAAGAUUCUCAAAAUUAUUGUAAAACUGAGCUUACUUCUCUGAAACUUGAAGUUGAACAGCUAAAAUCUGCUUUGGAGUCCGCUGAGAUACGAUACAACAAGGAACAAGCUCUUAAGGCUGAAGAGAUGAAAAAUGCUAAUGAAUUGGUGGAACAGAUAAAGUAUACAUCAAGUCAGAGAGAAGCAGCAUUAGAGUCGGAGCUACAGAAAGUGAAAGAUGAAGUUGAGGAGUUGAAGGCAAACCUGAUGGAUAAGGAAACUGAAUUACAGGGUAUAUGUGAGGAGAAUGAGGGGCUGAUGAUGAGACUAGAAAAUACUCGGUCAGUUCAGAGAGAAUACGAACUGGAAAUGGAGCUCCAGAAAUCAAAGGUGUAUGUUGAAGAACUGAGAGCAAAUUUGAUGGACAAUGAAACAGAAUUACAGAAUUUAUCCGAGGAGAAUGAAGCGCUGAAAUUGAGAAUCAAGGAAAACAACAUGAGCAAAACAAGUGAUGAAGUUGUUUCUGAACUUGAAAUUGCAAGGGCAGCAGAGAAGGAGGCUCUUACGAAGGUUAUUUACGUGACAGAGGAAGUUGAUAAAAGUAACAGGAGAGCUGCACGAGUGGCCGAGCAGUUGGAGGCAGCACAGGCAGCGAAUGCAGAAAUGGAGGCCGAAUUAAGAAGGUUAAAGGUGCAAUGUAACCAAUGGAGGAAGGCCGCAGAGACAGCAGCUGCAAUACUUUCAGCUGGAAACAAUGGAAAACUUAUGGAGAGAAAAGGAUCAUUGGAUAGUAACUAUAUCCUUGGGACAGGAAACAUAGGUUCGCCUUUUGCAGAGGAUGUGGAUGAAGAUUUGAUAAAGAAGAAAAACACGAACAUGCUUAGAAGAUUUGGGGUCAUGUGGAAGAAGCCACAAAAAUAG